AUGGAUAGUUAUGAUGAUGAAAAAGAACAAAUCAUCUUCAAUAACAUUAAAAAGAGAUCAUUGGAUGACGACAAUCGCAGUUGUAUUAUUUGCAAUCAUAUGAUCAUUUCUCCAACAACAACAACACAUAAUAAUAAUAGUAAUAGUAUUAAUAGUGAAAAGAUAAUAAGUGAUCAUUAUAGACAAUGUCUAAAAGCAUUGAACAAUGUAGUGAACCGAACAUUUAUCCAGAAAGAAAAUGAGGAGGAGACUAUAGUGGUAGAAAAUAAUCAUUAUUUUCAAAACAAUAUGAUUAGAAACUCAAUGGUAGAGAUAUUAAAGUUUCAAGAUGAUAAUCGAAAUGUUGUCAAUUUAAUGAUGACUUUACCUAUGACAUUUAUGAUUGAAUGUUUCGAGACAUCGGAGAGGAUGAGACACUUGCCAAGACAAUAUUAUAGAUUGGUCGUCGACCAAGACAAAGAUUGGGAUCACUUGAUCAAAAACAAGUAUAACCUUAUUGGUCCAACCUGCAAAGAGUUGGUAAUCAAUAGGGAUAUAUGCGCUGACCAAUGUCCAACUCUACCAAACCACUUUACACGUUUCAUAUUUGGAAAUGAGUACAGUUUGAAGUUGGCCAAGGAUUCUUUACCAGUCACUACCACACACUUACGAAUUGGGUAUUCAUAUGACCAACAUCUCUAUUUACCACCAUAUCUCGAAACUUUAAUAUUGGAUGGUGAAGAAACCACUAUUGUCAAUAACGAUGGUUGCAGUAUUCUGCCACCAACACUUCAAACAUUGUCAAUAUUAGACACCCAUCUAUUAUUGGAUCAGUUAACUCUACCAAUUGGAUUAAAGAGACUUUUCAUUAGUACGGUGGGUGAUCUCAUCGAAUUGAUCGAUGGAUCAUCCAUCCCCAACACAGUGACUGAUCUAGACUUGGGAGCAUUCCUUGUUGGUGCCAAUACCACCAUUCCGUCGUCAGUCACCAAAUUGACCAUUAAUUUCCACCCAAUUAGCAAGAACCAUCUCGCCAUUCCAUCGUCAGUUAAACACCUCAAAGUCACAUUUAAAAAUGUUAAUCCUUUUGAACCAACUGUUUUGAUGCCUGAACACUUUCCAUCUCAUUCAUCCAUCAAGCAUCUUGAACUAUGUAGUCGUUGCUCGAUUGGACCAGGUUCUAUUCCUCCAUCGGUUCAACACCUCCAAUUCAACGGUAUCGACAAUGCACCAACAAAUAUUCCAAAUACUGUCAGAGAAAUCACACUCAGUGGUGAUAUUUACCAAUUCUUUAAAUCAGAGAUGUCAGACUCUGUCACACAUUUCACAAUUACCGGUGGUCUAUUCAUGCCACUGGUGUUUGCCAUCCCGGAUUCAACCACCCAUCUUUUCCUUUCAAUGGAUCAAUACCCAGAUCUCACCCCCACCGACUUGCCAUCAUCGGUAACUCAUCUCAAAUUUGGUAAGAUAAAAUAG